AUGCGUUUCACACCGCCAUUCCUCCACCUCCCAGUACGCGUUCAGUCGCGUCGAGUCACAAUUUUCCGGUCAUUUUCGCGAUACAAUCACAAGAUAGCAAACAAUAGAGCUGCCAAACCACUUGAAGAACAAACACUUCCCUUCUACCAUCAAAAGCACUAUUAUCCUGCGCGAACCGGCGAGAAACUCAACGAUCGCUACCGUAUAAUUUCCAAGCUUGGCUAUGGGGCAUAUUCUACCGUUUGGCUUGGAUGGGAUGAUAGAUUGAAGAGAUAUGCAUCCUUAAAGAUUUGCGUUAGGGAUGACACGGAGCGGUCACCUGUUCUCAAUGAAGUCGCAAUGCUCCAACGUUUGGGAACAUGUGCACAGGAAGCUGAGAAUCCAGGGCUGGAGUUUACUCGCCUGGCUCAAGACAUCUUCGAGAUCCAUACCUCUACCGGAACCCACCAUUGCAUUGUCACAAAGCCCCAGGGAGCAAGUAUUCGCGUCUUACAAGAAGUAUUCCCCAAUGCGAAGUUACCAAAACUUCUCGUCAAGUCACUAAUACACCGACUGUUUGUGUCGGUCAAUUGGCUCCACGCUACGUGCGGUCUGAUUCAUACCGACAUUUCCCCCCAGAAUAUACUAAUGCAACUCGAAGACGACAGCAGCUUAAAAGAUCUCGAAGAGCAAGAAUCCCAAAACCCCAGCACCCCAAUCAUAAGCCAAGGAAUACCUAUCUACCACUCCCGACCACUCACUUUAGAAUUAUCCGGCAUCCCCAUCCUCACGGACUUUGGACAAAUGCGACCAUCAGAGCCUGCCAACUGCGACUGGUGGAUGUCUGAUCUGUAUCGUGCGCCGGAAGUGCUCUUGCAGCUGCCGUGGAGCUUUCCCGUUGAUAUUUGGUCGAUUGGUGUCAUGACACUUGAGCUCCUGGAAGGGAGAAACCUUUUCGAUCCUAUUGAUCCCACCAACGACCAGUAUGUUCUUCCGCUGGCUUUGGCUCAAUACAUUGGUUAUCUCGGUCCACCGCCGGUGGAAAUUAUACGGCAGAGUCCUCUGUUUUCGAUGUUUUUUGAUGAUCAAGGGAACUGGAUAUCCGAUCCACCGAUUCCGCAAACCUCCCUGGAAGACUUUGUGACGACAAUCCCUCCAGGGAAGGAAAAGGAAGCGUUUCUGCGGUUUAUUCGAAAGAUAUUGACCUGGGGCCCUGAGGUUAGAGCAACGUCGGUGGAAAUUAUUCCUGAUGAAUGGCUUAUGAAGCCUUGGGAAGAGGAGUUUUAG